AUGUCUUUGAAAAUUGAAGCUGAAACGAAACUUGGUUCAGAGCCGUGUGUGUUGACCUGGGGCAACAAAUUAUUUGUUGGCUCUGAAGACGGGUCGAUUAAAGCAUUUGAUGCUAAUUUAACACCAAAAGAAUCAUGGACGGCGCAUGCAGUGCAGCCAUUUGCCUUGGCUACUGACGGUGACACCUUGUAUUCAUCAUCAAAUGACGGGGGAAUUCGAGUGUGGUCCAUGAAGGGCGACCAAGUCACCGAGCUACCUUCUACUGGAGCUGAUGUGGGAGCCCUGCACGUGUUUGAUAGACAACUUUACGCCGGCGAUGAGGACGGCAACAUUAUUAUCUACGAAAAGAAUGCGAUAAAGUCGAAAUACAAUGUUUUGGAAGAAGUUAAAGAUCUUUGCUUCAGCCCUCCGUUCCUGUUUACAGUUCGGGAUCUUUAUGUUACUGCGACUGAAAUAAAACCUGAGGAAUCGAAGACACGUUUUAUGACGCGACACACAAUGGAAGGACGAGCUCCUUUACGGAUAUGUGGAAACAGACUCCUGUUCAUGUCCAGAGAUGGCAAUAGCUUGCGGUUACACGAUGCUUCCGUUGAUACUACAUUCAAAUCACUCGAUGAAGUCAAGGUUAGCGACAUGAUCCUAACAAGUUUGUCCACAAGCGGGCAGUACGCAUGGACCGGUGGUUGGGAUGGCUUCGUGCACCGGUGGAAGAUAGCUGGCGAUAAACUGGAAGCAGCUGGAGAUAUCAAUCUUGGUGGUUGUAUCAAUUCGCUAGUUGCCGCUGCUGGUGACUCCGCCUACGUAGCAGUGUCUGGUGGGAAAGUAGCUCACCUGCGCGCUGUAUAG